AUGUCCCAUAACCAAGACUCCAGCGCUGAUACUAGCGGAUCUUCGGGCUCCACUGACGAUCAGAUAUGGCUGGCGGGUCAGGAGGCACCGCCAAAACCGGAUUCAUAUUUUAAGGAGUCGUUUGAGCCAUCAACUGACUCCGGAGCACCUUCUUUGAGUGUUUACGUUGAUUACGCCAGGCUUUCGGACCUGGGCGACAGCUCUGGUCACUCUGAAAGCCCCCAUGAGCAUAGCGAAGCGUCGGAGGGGGUUCUGUUACAAGAACCGCCCAUGCGCAGUCCUCCCAGGGGUAUUGCAAUGAAGAAAAGUCGGCAAGCUUUGCAGAACCCAAAAGUACCGGCCCUGCUUCACAAUCAAAGCACAGAUACUGUGAACACAGAUCUUCUGGGAUCUUCGGAUAAAGCAAGUGUAGCUAAAAGUCGAGUUCUGAGCGGAAAUAGCUCAGAUCGCGAGUAUGCGAACAACGACAAUUGGGGAAAUGACCUGCCACUCAGACCAUUGAAACACAGACCGCAGGAUCCUGACCGUGAUAGCCGAAGAACUGUUUCUACCUCGCUACUCGAGGCAGACAGUUUAAGAAGAUCAUCUAACAUAUCACGACCAGAUGCCAGGUCAUCCUCUCACUACGGGGACGACAGUGCUGCUAAUUUUGACGUGGCGGCCACGCCAAUCGUCCCAGUUUACCACGAAAUUACGGAAGCUAGUGAGGAAGACAGCGACAAGAGUUUCGAAAAGGGAUCGAAUCCAUCCAUUGAGGAAGCUGUGCGUCUUUUCAGACAAGAGGCAUCUUUUGUUCCUGUUGUACAACUCACAGAGCCAAGGAUUGCCACGGCACCGUCUCUAACUGUGUCAAAGAAAGCUUCACAAAGCUCCUUACAGAGUCAUGUUAGUGACCGGACAUCGCAAUACUCCCAAACACGGAAAACGAGAAGGGGACCGCGACAUUCAUCUUUACUCACUUCUAUAUUAGUGGCGCCGCAUUACAAACCAGACAAACCAAAACCUGCGAUCAGAAGGGUGCCUCAAACUAUACCUGUGCUUCGUAAACCCUCAGCGAGUAAUCAUCACCCAAAGAGGGAUAAAGCCAAGAAUCUAGACGAAAAAGAAGUUGUCAAGUCAGACACAGCUCUCGAUCCAGAAAAAGUAGCAAAUCCUUACCGAGAAACGCACGAUGACAAUUUGCAACAAAUAUAUCAAUAUCGGGAUGCCCUAGCCAACAAAGAUUUGGAAAAACACAGAUUUCCUGCUCAGUAUAUUGAUUCACCAUCUGAAACAUCGAGCAAGUCAAGCGCUGGUCAAUAUAAAGACAUGUACAGUGUCUCGCGGAUUAUUUGCGUGUUACUGGUUUGCACUCUCGUGCCCCCUUUGUAUUUCAUCAUUGGGAUCGGACCGCUGCGUUGUCUGCCAGACAAAAAGUUGAUGAAAAUGAUAAUGAACGAGGAAUACCGGAAGGGAAUUUUGGAAGGAUUUAUAUGGAAGGUAAACCUACGAUGGUUUCGCACUUUGUGCUUGCUGUUGGGGGUUUUGGAACUUUUGAUAAUUUUGGCCUGCAUAGGAAUUGGAUUUGGCAUUGGGCUAUCACGUCAAUGA